CGGCGGGUUCGUUACGCGAGCAGUUACAAACACUAAAAAAUAGUUCAGCAAAAUUGAAAGUGAAAGAUAUUACCAAAGAAGAUUGGCCACAUUUCAGCGCAUUGACUUCCACGCCCGCCUAAAAGCUCGCUACAUCCAAUGCGCACUCAAAACGGUUUGAUAGCGGUGGCGCUAGUGCUGCUGCUUCUGCUUACGGCACCUUCUAGUGCUACGGAUGCUGAGACAGAGUCCUCCGCCAGCCCACUGCCGCCGGAUGGCGAGCAACCUCGCCGGGUGGUGAAGCGGGCCCCGACGUCCAGCUUCAUUGGUAUGCGCGGCAAGAAAGACGAGGAGCGGGACACUUCGGAGGGCAAUUGGUUGGGACCAGGACCCGGAGCGGGACCUGAUCCUUUAGACUACGCUGACGAGGAGGGAGAUGCUUACUACUCCGAGAACGGUCGGCGAUUAAAGAAGGCACCAACGGCCUUUGUGGGUACGGGGAAGAAGCUCGUACCUAUCAACGCUCGCUUUUCCGAUGUUCUGCAGAGCUUGGAGGAGGAGCGGCUCCGGGAGAACCUGCUGCAGGAUUUUUUCGAGCGAAUUGCAGCAGGUGAUGCGACAGCGGUGGGCAAGCGGGCACCUACAGGAUUCACGGGCAUGCGGGGAAAACGUCCUGCUCUGCUAGGCGGAGACGAUGACCUGGAUGAUGAUGACGCCACAGAGCUACAACAAAAGAGGGCGCCAGUCAACUCCUUUGUGGGGAUGCGCGGCAAGAAGGACGUCUCCCACCAACACUACAAACGGGCAGCUCUCUCAGAGUUCUGGCACAAUUUCUUUAAAAAGUCCUACGAUCUGAGGGGCAAACAACAACGCUUCGCAGACUUCAACAGCAAAUUUGUGGCAGUCCGCGGAAAGAAGAGCGACCUGGACGGAAACGGCAUUGGUAUCGGAGAAGUCCAGCAACAAUCUCUGGUACAUCCAUGGCUCUAUCUUUGGGGUGAAAAAAGGGCGCCCAAUGGAUUCUUAGGCAUGCGAGGCAAACGGCCAGCACUUUUCGAGUAGGCGUCGUUGAGUGAUUUGAACGAUCUUGAUGGAAGUUCCUCUUAGAGCUACAAAAACUAGGAAAUGCAAGAGCAGAUGGAGGCAGUGGACCGGGAGAGCAGUUUUGGACACAGAUUGGAUCACAGGAGUGUUUCAAAUAAUCGCUGGGCUGGAGAUUAUUUCAAACACGAAGACACAAAAAUACACGAUGAGAACUUGCUCUGUUAGUUGACACACAAAUUUCAGCUUAAUGUAUAACGAGACUUGCGAAUAAUGUAUUGUAAAUUUAAUUGAAAUUGAUGGUUGCUUCAAAGAUUGAGUGGGUUCAAUUAUACUAUUUGCAUAUCUAAGUGUAAACUUUUAAUCAAAAUUAUAAUGAAAACUAGAACAAAUUGAAUUGAAUUGCACAACAUAAAAUACGAAGAAAACGGGGAAACAUUUAUUUAUUUAUUUUCAAAAUAUAUUUAAAGAAAUAAUUUCAUUGUGGUACAUCUAUGUAUACAAGAGAAUAUAUACACCUACAUAAAAUAGCACAACUAAAUAUUGUAAAUAAUGAAUAAAUAUUUAUUUCAAAAACUGAA